UUAGAUGUCCAGCCUGGUUGGGAAUGGGCUGCAGAUGUAACGGCGACCCUUUGGAUUGCCUUCGGGAUGGGCGCUGUUUCUUGGAUGAAAGUGUGGAUGGCCAAACCGACAUUCAAUACAGGCACGAGCUCCUGCCUUCCCGACUUCCUCUCCCUUGUCCACCAAUUCGUGUGCAUUGUAGCUUGUACCAUGACCACAAUCAUUCUAUUCAUGGUGUAA